CAUUUUUCUUGUAUUUGUUCAAUUCAAUUUCAAAAAGAUGGGUUCAACAAGCCUAACUCAAACAGAGGAUGAAGCUUUCUUGUUCGCUAUGCAACUGGCGAGUGCCUCUGUACUACCCAUGGUCUUAAAAUCAGCUGUAGAACUUGAGCUUCUGGAACUUAUGGCUAAGGCUGGUCCAGGUGCAUCCAUUUCGCCUGCUGAGCUAGCGUCUCAACUCCCUUGUAAGAACCCAGAUGCACCGGUAAUGCUGGAUCGAAUGCUUAGGCUUCUUGCUGCUUACUCUGUUCUGAAUUGUACACUCAGGACACUCCCUGAUGGACGUGUAGAGCGGCUUUAUAGUCUUGCUCCGGUUUGUAAGUUCUUGACUAAGAAUGCCGAUGGUGUUUCCGUUGCCCCACUUUUGCUUAUGAAUCAAGAUAAAGUACUCAUGCAGAGCUGGUACCACUUAAAAGAUGCAGUACUUGAUGGUGGAAUCCCAUUCAACAAGGCAUAUGGAAUGACAGCAUUCGAGUACCAUGGAACAGAUCCAAGAUUCAACAAAGUUUUCAACCGUGGAAUGUCCGAUCACACCACCUUAUCCAUCAAGAAGAUUCUGGAAGACUAUAAAGGAUUUGAAGGACUCAACUCCAUUGUUGAUGUUGGUGGUGGAACAGGGGCUACUGUAAGCAUGAUUGUCUCUAAGUAUCCCUCUAUUAAGGGCAUUAACUUUGAUUUACCACAUGUUAUUGAAGAUGCCCCAGCUUACCCUGGCGUUGAACACAUUGGUGGUGACAUGUUUGUUAGUGUGCCGAAAGCGGAUGCUAUUUUCAUGAAGUGGAUAUGUCAUGAUUGGAGCGAUGAGCAUUGUUUAAAGUUUUUGAAGAAUUGCUACGAAGCGGUUCCUGCAAAUGGGAAAGUGAUAAUUGCAGAAUGCUUACUUCCAGAGGUGCCAGAUACAUCAAGUUCCACAAAGAAUACAGUACAUGUUGAUGUAAUAAUGUUAGCACAUAAUCCAGGAGGCAAAGAAAGGACUGAGAAAGAAUUUGAGGCUUUGGCUAAAGGGGCUGGAUUUAAUGGAUUCACCAAGGCUUCUUGUGCUUACAACACUUGGAUUAUGGAAUUCACCAAGUGAUUUAUUCAACUCCUAAGGACCAAAAAAGUGAAACUGUUUACCCCUAUAUAUAUAUAUAUAUAUAAUGGUCAUUUUGUAAUUGGGAUUCUACUUUGUCUGAGUGGAUUGGCAUAUGAUUUAGUAAUCACUGUGAAAUAAAAGAGAACUAGGUUUUACAUGGAAGAGAUUGAUGUUAUAAAGGAAGAUUAAAUAAUUGUUCUCAGGGAGGGAAAGGGAUGUGUUUAAUAUGAAGCCUUUUGGCUGGUUUUUUAACAUGUACUAUUUUCUGUAAUGCAUAUGUAUUCAAGGAAUGCUAAUUUCAAUCAUAUAGUUUCUUGAACUA